CGAGUGGAAUUAAUGAUUGAGUUGCAUUUUGUAAAGUUUCACUUUCCAGUCAUGGAAAAUUCCCUUAAAUACAGGAAGUAUGAUGAGGUAUGUGUCUGAAGAGUAUAUAAGACAGCCCUCAGCCUCUACUCCUCACAGUUCUCCUGUCAACAAACUCUUGACUCUAGCUAAUCUCUCAGCUCCUUAUCUUCUGUCUUCUUCACCAUCUCAUCUCGACCAAAGAGGAAACCAACAAUGUCCAGCAUCAUCAAAGUGUUUCUGCUCCUGGCUGUCGUGGUCUGCCUCUCCAGUGCCCAGCAAGAUCAAUCAGAUCAGUGUCUGUGUCAACGUGUCAGGAAUAAAAUCAUCUCAAAGUCUGACAUGAAGGACAUCCAGAUCUACCAAGCAACCACCUUCUGUACCAAAGUGGAGAUUGUUGUCACCAACAACAACGGCUUUCGCUACUGCCUGAACCCUAAUCUGGAGACAGUGAAAAAGAUCAUGGCUUCCAUCAUCCAGACCAACUGAGGUCACUUCCACCCCAAGCAGCAGCAGCAGCAGCAGCAGCAGCACAGCUCGCAACUGACUCUUUAACUCCCUGCACCAAUAAGAAGCUCAGAUGACCCCUGACCCCCGCAAACAGGCACCUUCAACGAAUGUAGCUGUGAAAUGAAUGUCACCUUUUACAUUUAUUGUCUAUUUAACUUCUAUUUAUGCUGAAGUGCACUGACAGUAUAUCUUCAUUCUUUUUUAUUUCCUUUUACCUGUUUUUGUAAAUAGAUAUGUUACAUGCUGUAAACCAAGUUUUCUGUAUUUGAGUAAGUUUUGUGUCUUUUUGAAAAAA